AUCGAAAAUUGUGAAUUUCUUCAAACAACAUAUAUUUUUACAAUAUUUACAGUAAAAUUAAAUUUGCAUUGUACAACAGAGUGUUGUUGGUGUGCUAACUGAGCGCAGUGUUUUGUGAGCAAUUGGAAUUUGUGAAUUUGUCUGAUUAGAAUACAAAUGACAAGAUUCUGGACGAGAACUAGGGAGGUCCAACUGAUGCGACUAAUGCUAAUUGUUAAUUUAUAAUGAACUUAGCAUGCCAAUGAUGGUAUUUAACUUUGACAAAGUGAUGUCAUGGUUGGUUGUCUAGCUGGCGGAGCCACUAAUCCGCGCAUGCAGCACUCGAUUCGUCAUCAUUUUGGUGGUAGGAAUAUUGACUCUUAGAAGCGUUUGCUUUGUUGCUCUGUGUGUAUUUUCUAAAAAUGUCUGUCUGCAAAAAUCUAGUGUAACAAUGAAGCAAAAGACAAAAUGUCAUAAUGGAAUAGUAUUUGCGAAAUCUGAAUUAAAAUAAUCGCACGCAAGAAGAAAAAUCAAGUGCAAAGAAGAAUGAAAAAGUGACUUAAAGGUCGCUAAAACAAGAGCGACUGCAAAAACAAUUCUAUAAUAAAGGAGAAAAAAAAAACAACUUCGCCAGACAACAAAGCACUCGCUCACGAGAAAAACAAAAAUAAGAGGAGGUGACGAUUUUGAGGCUAAGAAUCUGAAAUUACCAACGCUUUAAUGAGUGAAAAGGUGAACAAAAGUCACAGUCGGUGUUCGGAAAAAAGGAAAAUAAAUAAGUAAAAACAUCGAGCAAACCAACCGACAUUACCCACAUUGUUACAAACGCAUAAGAAAAGUGAAUAAAUAAUAAUAAAGUGGUCACCGAAAAGCAGAAAGGCAGACACCGAGCCGGUCAAGUGGCAAAUUCUUCCCACACUCAACCAAACUCAACUCAGCGCCUUUGUUUCGGUGCUGAAAUCGCUUCUCGUUUGUUGCACCUGAAUAACCGAUAACUGGUGCCCUGCAGCACUUGCAGACAACCUCCGCGGCAGCUGCCAGCGUCAUGGGCAGCGUUUGGAAGCGUCUGCAGCGUGUCAAUAAACGUGCCGCAAAAUUUCAAUUUACCUCAUCGUAUCAUGAGCUGCGACUGGAGACCACCGCCAAAUGGCGCCCUUCAAAUCUAUCAGUUGUUUGGACGCGCCGCUCGCGCCGUGUGGUCUCGGCGCCACUGGCCUGGGAGCCGGAUAUGGUGAAUCCGCUUGUCGGUCACAUAGCCUGGCCUGUGCCAGAUAAUCACGCGAUUUCGGUGACACUCUUCAAAGAUCCGCGCACCCACGAAUUAGAGGAUAAGGACUGGACGUUUGUCAUUGAAGAUAUUACACCGCUGGGCAAGAAGCGAGUUCUAGCCUCGGCGAGCAUAAAUAUGCGAAAAUACGCUAGUAUAGAGUCGACGCAGCAAAGCUUCACGCUCAGCCUAAAGCCAACCUCGCGGAAGAUUACUGCUGCCGAAUUAGAAUUGACAAUCAGCUGUGUGUUCCUGCGCGAGGGCAAAGCAACCGAUGAAGAUAUGCAAAGCGUCGUUUCUUUGAUGUCUGUCAACAAUAACUGCGAUGUUGCUCCUCUGGACGACUUAGAGGAUAUACCCGAUUUGGAGAGUUCGGGUGAUAUUUCGGAUCAUUUAUUUGAUUUCACACAACAGUUGGAGCAGAUGACGACAAGCUUAAACGGUUGUAUGGACCUGCCAACGCCAUUGAGUGUUCCUUCCUUGUCCGAAGAUCCAACUCCAUUGGCCGAACAUAAUCGUUUGAAUUUUGAAUUCGAAUCAGAGAAACAAUUUGGCUUCGACGCGAGUGAAGAGCUGCUCAAAACGCCCAGCGCCAGCGCCGUACAAGCUGAAAUGCAGCAAGAGCAGCAGUCCGAGAAGGAAAGUGCUAACGCUGACAAAAAGUUGAAUUAUCAAGUUCCUGGGCCGACUCCUGCCAAAUUGGAAGAAGCCAGUGUCAGUGCCAGUGUCCCGACGUCAGUGAAGACCAAAAUUCUUACAUCCACUCCAAUCGCCGCUGCCACUACCAAGACGACUGAACGCAAGUCGAACCAAGUUAAUGAAACUGGGGCACGUCGAGCAAUCAACUUUCAAGACACCAAAAGCAGCAGAGCUAGCAAAAGCGGGGAGUCAGCACAGCAAAAUGGCGAAAUCGGCAAAGUGGUGGCCAACGCUGCUGUUGUUGCUAGCUGUGGUGAUGGAGAAAAAGCAGGAGAAACCAAACCUGACCAAAAACCAACAAAAAUCAGCAACAACAAAUCUAUAACACUCAGCUCUUUGCUGUCCAUGCCGCCUCUUGUUGCAGCAACAGCAACUGCUCCAAAUAAGGCUGCUGAGAGCGAGGAGUUGAAGAGCAAAUCGACGAACGCUAGCAGCGUAGCGCCACCUAAACCGGUGCGGAACGAUACGAAACGCGCCGAAUUACAGCCGCUUAAUUUGAAGAAGAGUUAUGAACAUGACAACAACAGCAAUACUAAUAAUAGCAAUAACACGUCCAAGAGCUUCAACAACACAAACAACAACAAUUUGAGUAGCAUUAACAGCAACAAUAGUCUACAGGUGAACGGUACUGCUAAGCCGGUGGAAAAGAUUGUGUUGAAAGAGAAUACACCAGGUCAGGACUUGCUGGAGUGGUGUAAAGAUGUGGCGAAAGACUACCCUAAUGUGAAGGUGACCAAUCUAACGACCAGCUGGCGCAACGGCAUGGCGUUUUGUGCGAUCAUUCAUCACUUUGAACCCGAUCUGAUUGACAUGUCAAAACUCUCCGCGCACGAUGUGGUGGGCAAUUGUCGCACAGCCUUCGAUGCCGCCGAAUCGCUGGGCAUACCGCGCGUCAUUGAGCCGCGUGACAUGAGUUUACUGGCAGUGCCCGACAAAUUGGCUGUCAUGACGUAUCUCCAUCAGUUGCGUGCGCAUUUCACAGGCAAGCAAUUGCAAAUUGAGCAAAUUGGGCCCACAUCCGACGAGUCGAGUUAUGUGAUUGGCAAUUACAAGUCGGACAACCUUUCGCAGAAUCUACUCAAUUUAAGCCAUUUGAAGGCGCAGUUGGUACACCAAAAUUCGCUAGAUGACGAAAUCUUCGGUAUUGAGGCGAAAAACAAUGCAACGCCCGCACAGCCUUCGCCUACAGUGAAAAAGGAUGUGAAGAAUUUAAUACUCUCUGGGUCGAAGAAUAUUUUGGGUAAAGUGCUUUCGCCUACGAAGGACAAGAACUCGAUAAAUGCAACACAUCAUGGUCACAUGGGUAACCAGUCGCCGCAUAUCGACGAUAAGGAGAACACAAAUAGCGGCGAUGGCAGUGGCGAAACUGGUGUUGGUGCUUCAACAGAUGAGUCGAAUAACAAAUCGAAUUUGGUGCAAUCGGAGAAGCAACAGGUGGCGCCCAGUUCCCCCACAGUGCUGGAUCCAAAUGCGGCGAAUCGCAUUUUGUCCCGUCACAAGGAAAUGAGCGAAAAAGCUAAGCUGAUGUUUGAAAAACUGAAAAUUUCCAAUGGCGUUGAGCGCAACGAGAACGACGAAGAACGCCAGCAGCGUUUGCGUGAGCAAGCGCGACGCAUUAUUCUUGAGACUCGUACAAAAUCAGUUAGUGGUGGUAGCGGUGGGACCAACUUGGAUAGUCCGACAACACCCACAAAACUGAAGCGCAUGAAUUUCUCACCGGAACGUACCAUUUCGCCCAUCCACAAUGGUAUUGAGGACUAUGGUGUACCGACUGUAGGCAGCAAUUCACCGACAAAGGUGCCAAUGUCGCCUUCGAAGAAGAUCAAACCGCCGCGUGAUGUAGAUGCGAUAUCGACAACAACAAAAAGUAAUAAUAAAAUGAUGAGUCCUAGUCAUAGAUUAAGCGAACGCUUCAGUAAUGGCACAAGUAAAAGUGGCGGCAAUAGUCCGCUGCAGUCAUUCAAUGCUGUCAUGGAGCGCAUAUCACCAAAGAAUGAUAAGAAGGGCGACAAACUCUCCUACAUCGAAUCGGAAUUGGAGGCGCUCGAACGUGAACAGGAGGCCAUCGAUCAGAAGGCGAGCAGUCUGGAGAAGAAACUGCGUGCCGUCAUGGGCGGCAAUCCAAGUAAUAAUCGUUCACAGCGUAACCCUUUUCUUAAAUUGAUACGCAAUAGUAUUGGUGGUGGUGAUAGUAUACGUAUUAAAUUGCUCGACAUGGAUAGCGAUGGUCAGUUUUCAUUGUCGCCUUCGGGCGAAGAUACCUCGCCGUGCACAUCAUCGGGCUCCGUGACGCCUUCAUCGUUGUCCAGCGACGAGGAGGCGGCUGACGAUGUGCAAACGGCGUUGAUGACGGAUGCUGCUAUUGACAAGGGUGUAGUUCGCCGCCGGCGUCGGCGACGACGCCAACAUCAUCGCCAACCGGCGCAUGCGGCAGAAAACGCCAGUCAACAGCAACAGCUCCCGCCGCCGCACAACCGUCCACGCUCGCAAUCGUGUAUUGUCGAUACGAAUGAGAAUCAUAGAAAUCAUGCGCAUCAACAACAGCACAAUAGGUUUAUAAGUAGCCGAAAUUUCACAAACGCUUUUGCUCCGUUCAAUUUUAUAUUCUCCUCCUCCAAUACAAACACAACAACCACAGCUUCCUCAAACCAUUCCUCCUGUGAUAAUCUGCCAAAGGUGCACGUGCAAAUGCCAUGUAAGGUUGAGGGCGAAGUUGACGAUGCGAUGCGGCGAAUUCGAUGCCGAACCGAGGAACCGCCCGGAAGCCGAAGAAGAUCGCGAAGUCGUUGCCAGUUCCAUUGUCGCGAUGGUGGCGGUGGGGAAACCGACGAAACGGAAGAACAAUUGUUGUCGCAAUGGUUUACGCUCGUCAACAAGAAGAACGCCCUACUGCGGCGACAAAUGCAGCUCAACAUACUUGAGCAAGAGAGCGAUUUGGAGCGCAAAUACACGCUUUUAAAUCAGGAGUUGCGCGCUGCACAGUCUGUUGAAGAUUGGCGCAAAACGGAAGCACAACGUGAAAAGGAGCGACUGCUGCUGGAAGAGCUGGUGUCCAUUGUGGACAAGCGUGAUCAGUUGGUGCAACAUUUACAUAGUCAGGAAAUUGCUAUCGAGGAUGAUCAUGAGAUUGCGCGUGAGUUGGAGCAGGUGGACAUCAGUGGUGACAAGGACAAAUGCGUUUUGCAAUAAAAUCCCCAAUGAGCUGAUGGGCAAACGGCUGAGAAUUCAAACUUCUUUCUUCAGUGAGAAGGAUUUUCCAGCGCAAAAACAUUUGUUUGCAUUCUCCAACGAAAAAUGGCAAAUCCAAAAAUAAUAACGAUUAUGAAAAUGAAUGAAAUUGAACUGUGUGCACAUAACAAAGCGUAGAUUACUAGAUGUAACAUUGAAUGAAAAUUGUUCGGUAGUUAGUGUUCACGUUGUAUUAAUUUUCUACAGCAGCGACAGCCAAGCAAAGAACUGCUUUACACACACCAAUUACUUAUGAAUUAAUUACUUACAUAUGUAGUAUAUGUAUGUAUGUGGUUGCUGAAAAAUAAAUAAACUAAUUUCAUUUUAUAAGUAAUUUAGCGUUAUAAAAGCUUUUGUGAAAAUGUUCGAAAAGACGAAUAAGAGAAAAUUUAAUAUUAACUACAAAUAUUUGAUUCCUAAGCUAUUUGGUUAACUACUAAAAAUCUAAAUCAGUGCUUAUUUGCAUGGACGACUAUGUCAACUCUCAUGCACAAUACCAAACGAACGCCAGCGCUUGCAGGAAAUUUUCAACGAUGACAAUUGCGAAAGCCGAAUUUGAUCACUAAUAAUGUGCGUGUAAUAACAUGAAAAACUAAAAUGAAUAUAGUUGCAUAAAUACUAAAUUGAGUUUGUAUUGAUAUUUAACUUUUAUUCUUAUUUUUAGACGACAAAAAUUAGACUUUCCGUUUUAUUUAUUCGACAUCAAAAUACUAAAACAAAAUCCAAACCUGUUGCGUGUAACUCAAACACAAAUUUGAAAAACAAACGUCCGUUAGUUUUGUAAGCAAAGUAAAAAGAUAAAAUAAAGUAACAAAGUAAAUGAAAAUUAACAAAAUAAAUCUUAUCUCUUAGAUCCCUUUUUUGUACAGUUCUGGCUUAACAAGCUCGUUUUUGUGCCAUUUUUUCGUUUAAUCAACACAUAAAACACUUAAUAAUUUAACGAUACUCAUUUUCAUGCUUCUGCAUCCUGCGAUUUUUACAACAACAAUUUUUUUCUAAUAGCUUGGAAUAAAAGAAACUGAAUUAGGUUUCAAAAGCUUAGUUGAAACUCUUGUUUAAGUGGCAAUCCGAAUUGCUCUAAUUGAGAGAUGAUUUUUUUUUCUUCUAACGUAUCAUUUUUAAUUAUUUUUAGUCGUACAUUUAAGUUGUAAUUAAAUUUUUAAAUAAUGGAAGUUAUAUUGAAAGUUAGUUUAUAAUUUGACUAGUGUGAUCCUAACUGUAAACUGUACCUACCUAUUUAUUAUCAAAUAAAAAAACUUGUAAUAAUAUAUAGAAAUAUGCAUCUAGCUUUAUAAUUUCUGUUUAAGUUAAUUAUUAUUUUGUAUUGCAUUAAAGUCUUUACCACAAGGAAAUGGUGGCUAAUCAGUUCUAAUUUGAUCUUUCUCCCUCCAAAUAUCUUCCUCUUUUUUUUUAUUUAAGUUGCGUUUUUUUAAUGCUUUCGUUUCCUAUGGAACUAGAAGGUAGAUAUCGUGGCGUUUUAAAUCUACUUAAAAACAUAAAUAUAUAAUUUUAAAUGUACUUUAAAAAAUGAAACUACGAGCAGAAAAUGUAUUACAAUUAAGUCAGAUACAUACAUACAUUAAUACACACAUGAAUGAUAUAAAUGUAAAAUAAUCAACAAAGAAAUAUAUGUAUAUGAAUAAAUAUGAAUGAAAUAAACACUGAA